CAAGCCUCUCUAGCCUCCAUCCCCUGCAACUAUCGUCUUUUUCUUGUCCAAUACCUUUGAGCUUCAUCUUUAAGCUCCCUUAAAAUGCAUGUCCAGAGCGUUAUCAAGUUGGCCGCGGUAGGAUGCGCAGUCCUUGCCACUGCUCAUCCCGGCCACCAAGAGAAGCGCGCCAACUCUGACCUCCUGAGCUUCAAAGCCAACAUGCGUCGUGGCUUGGAGAAUUGUGCUUCCAAGUUCGAGCGCAGUGGUCUCAAUGCUCGCGCCGAGGCUCGCCGUAGGGCUUUGGUGGACCUCCACCGGAGGCGUCUUGCUGCGCGAGAUACUGACUCGGUCCUCAACAAGUCCCACCUUGUGACCGGUUCUGAUAUCACACCUGACUCCUCUGCCAGCGAGAUCUUUGCCAAUACCAGUACCUGCAUUCUGAACCCAGAGGGUGAGACUGGCCCCUACUAUGUUCCUGGCGAGUACAUUCGAUCGGACGUCCGCGAAGACCAGUCAGGUGUCCCCGUGGUGAUUGAAGGCCAGUUCAUCAACGUUGAGACCUGCGAGCCAAUCACCGACCUGUACUGGGAUAUCUGGAACUGCAAUGCCACCGGUGUCUACUCCGGCCUUGUCGCCAACGGCAACGGAAAUACCGAUGACACUUCCAACCUGAACGCCACCUUCCUCCGUGGUAUCCAGAAGACUGACUCUGACGGUGUUGUCACCUUCGAGUCUCUCUUCCCGGGCCACUACUCCGGCCGUACCACCCAUCAUCACAUGGUUGCCCACCUGGAUGUGACUGUGCUUGACAAUAACACCAUUACGGGUGGCACUGUUGCGCAUAUUGGUCAGCUUUUCUGGGAUCAGGAUCUCAUCAACGACGUGGAGGCUACUUACCCAUACAACACUAACACUGUCACUCUCACCACCAACGCAGAGGACCGUGUCUUCUCCGACGAGACUGAAAACUCCGACUCUGACCCUGUCUUGAACUACGUCUACCUUGGAGACAGCUUGGAUGAUGGUCUCUUCGGAUGGGUGACUGUUGCUGUCAAUGUGUCUGCCACCUAUGACCCUAACUACAGCUUCAUCUACACCUCCAGUGGUGGCGUUGCUGUUGAUGACGACUCUUCCACUCCCGGUGGCGGUCAGUCUGGUGGCAGCCAGCCUAGUGGUGGUCAGCCCAGUGGUAGCCAGCCUACUGGAGGCCAAUUCUAAGAGAGCUCUGGUACAGAUGCCACAGGUGAUGGCGGGGUGAUGCGGUGAGACUCGAGAGGUUGAAGGCACUGUGUGUUUCGUGAUAAAGCUUCCAAGUUAAGAAUGAUAGCACUCGCUUGAAUAAGAC